AUGGCAAAUAAACAGCUAAAAAUGUUAUUCGUGCCGCUGUUAGAGACGGGUCACGUGAACGCGUGCUUAAGUAUCGCAGAGCGGGUGAUAGCCGCCGGACACCGGGCGGUGUUUACGGUGAACGAUGUCUGGUCGGGUCGACUCACGCACUACGGUAUCGAAGAGGUAGGGAUGACCGCAACUGCGCUGUCAUCCUAUCGGUCGCUCGAUAAGGAAGAGUCGGCCCGACAGGUGCUUUCUUCGGGUCGGUUUAGCGACGAGUCGCCGCUCCGGAAGGCGCGCCAGUGGGCACUCAUCGCCCGGUUUUUCACAAAACACGCCCAGUAUAUGGACGAACAGCUGCGGCGACUGUUGCCCGCCAUACGGCCCGAUGUUAUCGUUUUGGAUCAGUUCAGUUUCGCGGUGCCGGCCAUAGAGUUGUCUGGCGUAACGUGUGUUUGGUGUUGGAGUGCCGAUCCUCUGUUGAUGGUUGACGAUGAGAGGGCACCGCCACCGGAAUCAGGACUGUCCGCUACGGGAGACCAGAGCUUAUGGCAAGAGUUUCGUCAACUGCGUCGAGACGUGACGAGCGACGGAUGGAAAGCGUUCAACUCGUGGGUAGUCGGCCGCGGCUGCGAACCACUGCCCGACCACUGUUUCCAUAACCCGCGGCGUUAUCUCAAUCUAUACGGCAUUCCCCAGGAGUUAGACUAUCAGGUCAUCCGUCCGUUAGGACGCAAUUAUGUCCGGUUUGAUAACCUUAUGCGUCGACCCGAACGGCACCUGACAUUCGCAGUGCCGCCAGCGUUGGCCGCAAAGCCCGGAGCGUUGGUGUACUUCUCGCUCGGCUCGAUGUGUGCGAUAGACGUGCAAAACAUGCGCCGAUUGGUCGCCAUUUUGGCCAAAUCCCGGCACCGGUUUAUCGUAUCGAUGGGUCCGAUGCAUACGGAGUACACUCUGGCCGACAAUAUGUGGGGCGCGGAGUUUGUGCCGCAGCUCCAGAUGUUGCCACUCGUGGAUGCGGUGCUAACACACGGCGGACCCAAUACUGUCAACGAGUGUCUAUACUUCGGUCGACCGAUGAUUGUUUUGCCCGUUUGUGGCGAUCAAUACGAUUACGCGCAGAGACUGCAGGACAAGGGCUUUGGUCUACGACUGGACGCCCACCGGUGCGAAGAGGGGGAGCUGUUGUCGGCCAUCGAGACUGUGCUCAACGAUAGGCCAAUGGCUGACCGCUUGGCCGAAGUCUCCCAAAGAAUACAAACCGAUAAUAGUUUGGCAAAAGUGCCGCAAAUUAUUGAAGAUUUUGUUCAAAAUCCGCGCAAAUAUAUUGAUUAA